CCUCGUUCCCGAACAGUACUUCCUAUAAUUCUCAGUUUCUCUUUCUCUUUCUCUUUGUGGGGACUAUUACUAGAGAGUCCUAAAGUUCUUUUACUUGGUCAUUAUCAAAACUCCAAAAUGGGCAGGUCUCCAUGUUGUGAAAAGGUGGGGUUAAAGAAAGGUCCGUGGACUCCUGAGGAAGACCAAAAGCUCUUGGCUUACAUUGAAGAACAUGGUCAUGGAAGCUGGCGAGCCUUGCCUGCAAAAGCUGGGCUUCAGAGAUGUGGGAAAAGCUGCCGACUGAGGUGGACUAAUUACCUCAGACCAGACAUUAAAAGGGGAAAGUUCAGUUUGCAGGAAGAGCAAACCAUCAUUCAGCUUCACGCUCUUCUUGGAAACAGAUGGUCAGCUAUAGCAACUCACUUGCCCAAGAGAACCGAUAAUGAGAUCAAGAACUAUUGGAACACACAUUUGAAGAAAAGACUAACUAAAAUGGGCAUUGAUCCCGUGACCCACAAGCCCAAAACCGAUGCACUCAGCUCAGGCAGUGGCAACUCCAAAAAUGCAGCCAAUUUAAGCCACAUGGCUCAGUGGGAGAGUGCACGUCUUGAAGCUGAAGCUAGACUUGUGAGAGAGUCCAAGCUUGUUGUGGUGUCUAACCCUAUUCAGUCUCAGACUCAAACUCAGACUCAGACUCAGAUUCAGACUCAGCUUAUCAACAAAAACCCACCACCACCGUGCCUAGACGUACUCAAAGCUUGGCAAGGAGUGUGGUCAAAGUCAAUAAGUCCAGGAAUGUUCCCUAUAGGUUGUGAUGACCUUGAAUCUCCAACUUCCACGUUGAGCUUCGCAGACCACACUGUCACUAUCCCAAACGUUGUGUUCAAUGAAAACACAGUGAGUGCAGCACUUGAUUUCGCCAAAAACUCAGUCACAUGUGAAAUGGAUAACACAAUGUCAUUGCAGGACAUGAAUAGUAGUACCACAACAACAACUACUACUACUAACACCACAGAAAGUGCAUGGAUAAUUGGUGACUCUUUUAGGGCUGUGAAUGAAAACAACAUGCAACUUUCAAAUAUCAUGGAAGGUUUCACGGAUAUCUUUGGUUACAAUUGUGAAGAACAUAACACAUUGAUGGGUGGAGGAGACAGCUUGGACAAUGGAGACAAAAGUUGCGGUGGUAAUUUUGAGGAGAACAAUAAGAAUUACUGGAACAGUAUACUCCAUUUGGUGAAUGCCUCGUCCUCUGGUUCACCUGUGUUCUGAAAGUGUAGUAAAACUUUGUCUUCUCUAUCUCUUAGAGUACUCUUAAUUAGUACUAGCUAGUUUAGCUAGAUGUUAUUGCAGCCCCAUGCAUCAAAUGUAAUCAUAAGAAAGACUUUCUAAUAAUAGUGAGAAGUCCUUUAACCA